AUGACUAUAUUUAGUGAAGAAGGAAAUCUUGGUGAAGCACGGCCUGUCACAGGUCUUAUUGUAGCCCAAGAAGAGGAAUAUCAGCCUAUUUCAGAUUUGUUCGAUUACUACUAUGAAAAUAGAAGCUGCUCUAAUAUUAAAUAUAAUAUUAGAGAAGUUGAAGACGAUCAAAGGAAGCAAUUGUUCAAAUUGCUUAAAAAUCAUUCUGAUUCUUGUGCCCAAGAUAUCUCUGAGUUGGGUCAGACUGAUAUAAUUCAGCACCAUAUUCCUACUCAAGAUAUAUGUGUUCAAAACUGUAUUAAAAAAUCUUCUGUAUAUACUCUUCGUAUUACGACUACUACCGUCGAAUUUCUUGAUAAUCAAGGAAACCAAGUUCAAAUAGAAUAUGCCUCUGAAUUGGUCGAAGGAGAUCGAAUACCUCUUUACAUUGAAGAUCUUCAUAAAUUAGGAGAUCCUGCAAAGGACUUGACCAAUUUGAAGGACAAAACUGGAACCAACAAAUGGAUUAUCUGUGUAUUCGAAUCCAGCUUUGUCGGUUAG